CAAUAGAUAAACGCAAAUAGAUGGACAAAAUCCAGGCACCCAAAGAAAUACGCAAAGCAACCCUAUAGUGAUGGGAUCGAUGAAACCGAGCGUCGCAAUCCUGAGCAGGUAUAGGUAUACAUAUAAGAGCAGCGCACCUGUUCGCAUUUUGAUCAGAACUUUUCUCUUGCUGGCCAAGAAAGGUACUCACAUUCACGCCUCCCAUAUCCUAUCAUCCAAAAGUUAACUCGGGGAUCUUUCUCAAAAUUCACUGAUGCGUCUCACUCUCGCCACCUAUUUUUUGACUCUGGGUGUUAGCCUUUUCUACGUUGUAUGUGCGAGGCCUGCUCUGAUUACUGAGUCGUUGAAAUCGCUCUCACUGCAGCCUCGAAACCCGACACAAGCUCUGCAACCUCACUCAUCCACCCUUCGAAUCUCAUUGUACCCACCUGGCAACCCAGAUGACCCCGAUAACUCUUCGAAGUUUAACAGCAGAAAAGAGCAGAAACCGAUCUGCGCAGAAAGUUAUCAUCCGAUUUCUCCACCAAAUGCGAUAUCGUCUUCACGCCGAUUUGGACCUUACUCAUGUUGCUUGGCAAAACUAUUGGCACCCAAAAAGUAAAGAUAUUGAGUUCAUUGUGGAAGACGAUGAU